CAGCAGCAGUCCCAGUCACCCCCCGCUCCAGCCCCGCAGCAGCCUUCCCGUCCCCCGAACGAUGUGGUGUAUUUGGGGCCGCUGUCCCAACAGCACAAGCUGCUCAAGGUGGAGGGGCGUAUCAGUAUCGCCAACACGCUGGUGGCCGCCGCGGCCGCCCCAGCCAUCGUUGCCUUCGCCGACAACAUCUCCCUGGUCAGCCGGUACGGACUGGCGACCUCCUUGCUGCUCUUCGGAGUGGCCACCACUGGUGCGCUUCAUUGGGUCGCCAACCCGUACGUCCACGAACUGCGAUAUACGGCAGCCACCGGCCAAAUUGACGUACGCACCACGACGCUACUGGGGAACUCCAGGUGGCGCUCAUUCCAGCUGGAGGAUGUGAGACCGCUGCCCUGGAACCGCCCCGUGGCCACAUUCACGGCUCGCAACCGCUUUUACUACAUCGACGUGUAUUCUUUUCCGGAAGAGCAACUGCUGAGACGGCUGACGCCAGAUGAGGCGGACGUGCCCAAGGGGUACAAGGACAAGGAAGACGAUGACGACGACUGA